UUCCAUUGUCUUUCUCAUUCCUUCCUGCCCGCUCGUUCCUUCUCUCGCUCCUUCCAUUGUUGUUGCUUGUGCGCCUUCUCUCGCUUGCAAUCUGCUCCAUUCCCCCGCGAAUGAUCUCCAUCCUCGGGGUGGGGUGCGCACUGCGGAGUCGCUACCCAGCAGGGUUUCCAUUGCAAUGAAAAUUCGGCGCAAGUCGGAGAAAGGGGCAGAGAGUGACGGGGUGCCGCCGUUGCACACUCUCAUCACCUGCACGUACCAGAAGCUGUUUAAGAAGGAUGGCGACCAUGGAGGUGGUGAUAAUGGAGCCGUGGUGGGAGGGACUCAUGGAACUGUUGACGGAGGGAAGGCUUCCACGGUGCAGCGCCACAAAAAGCACCGUCAUGAUUCGGUGUCAUGGGCUAAUGGGAGGCGGGAGCUGGAGGUGAAGGAGGUGGACAAUUUGGACGUGGGUAGGCAUGGAGAUGGUGAUGUGCAUGAUUUUGCCCAGGAUCUGCACGAAGCUCACAACAACCCUCUCUUCUCAAAGAGGCGCAAGGUCAAGAGCACCCGAUACACGGAAUUCUCAGAGGAGAUGAUAAAUAUGAGCACACCCCACAAUACUAAGGCUGACAAAAGAUCGCGGAAUACCGAAAAGUACAUUGAAGAAGACAACGCUGAUUAUGUCAGCACCGUCGCGAACUCGAAAGAGGCAUUGAUAGCGUCAAUUUUUUUUGUCUUUGACACUCUAGGGAAGAAUGGACUCACGGCAAGUGAGGUGGUGGCCAUAAUGUUGGAACAAAACCUCCCCGGUCUCAAAGAGGGUGGGGCCAGGCACACUGUUCAAGUAGCGAAUGUGCUUCGAAGGUCACGUCACUUCAUUUCGAUCGGUAAUAAGCAAUACCUUCCGUGCUCAGUUGCAGAAGUUCCGAAGCAGGAGGCCAAGAAGCAAGGGCAUAGCCGAAACGGGCAAUCCAGUAAGAGCAAGCAAGGACGCGCGGACUGCAAACUUUACGAUGGCAGCGGGUGGCACUGUCCUCGACAAGCGCAGCAUGCAUUCUCUCUGUGCCUCCAUCACCUGGACAUGAUCAACAGACCUUUUGGCAAGAUGUCUGUCACUCCGUCGAUCAAAGGCUCACCUGUGCAUGUUCGCGAAGUCUCAAAUAGCCAACGUGUUGAGAGUGAGGAAUCUGAAUCCGAUCCAGGAGAAAAUGAAGACAUCGGCCCGGCUGCUAUAGCCAGAUGGGGAAAAGAUCGCACCCCAGGUUCGAUGCCAAAUCAGAAGCGGAAGAUGCUUUCUCUCAUGUCUAUAAAGUAGAUGAGUAAGUGCCUCAUUUUCUCGAUCACUGAGCCUACAUCAUUCAGAGUUGUGACUAGCAUAGGUGCUGUGUAGCUUUUUAAGUCUAGAGCUCACAAAACAUGAGCAUUGUAUAGGGCUGAACUCUAGGUGGUGCCAGAGACCGAUUUGAAUACGAGUUGAUCCAGUACAGUGUGCAAUUUGGAGUGGUCAAGGUAUCGGAAGAGUGCAUCUCUGAUCGUGUUUCAGAAAUGUCGAUGAAGACCUUGUCAACAACCCCUUUUCAGUGCUACUUCUUAACUUCUCAUGACCAGACGGCUGUGAGUUCUAUGAGAUUCUUGGUCUUCAUUGUUAGUCCUGAUCCUGAUCCCAAGGAGACAUGAACCCACUCAUUUGAGAAGAGGGAUUGGAUCGCGGCGCUGUGGCCUAUAUUUGCUUGUACUGGCGGUGGCUUAAGGUAACCUUGCUCUUCUAAGCAACAACCAAAUUCCGAACUAUUCUAA